AUGUGGUUAGCUGCAAAAAACAGUUCCCUGCUGUCGCCUGAUCUGACGCUGAUCAUUUUGCAUAUUUCCUUAAGAAAUUUAAGGGUGUUGGGGUCCAUCGGGCCAAGAACCUCGAUGCAUAUUGGCAAGAAUUCCAUCGAGGGGAGGGCGUUCCCAUAUUUUUUCAUUUUCUCGUCGGCUGCCCUGGCCGCAGCCAAACCGCAUCAUUUACUUGUCAGGUUUACGUAUCGUUUGGCGAGGGUGCCAGGGACCGUAACAUUCCACGCCAAACAUCUGCCGGCUCUCCAAGGUAUUAGCGUGCAUCAGUCCGGGCGCCUACCAUCAUGCGCAGAAAUGCCGGAUGGUUCCUUGAGAACCGGGAUUGAAGCCUUGGAGAAGAGCCGACAAAUGGCGGUGCGCAGGGCUCUGUUUAAUUCGCCCAAUUUAAAAGGAUCAAUGUGUUUGGAUGUACGCAGGAAGUACAUCAAUUUGGGCAAACUGAGGGCAUUGCGGAUAAUAGUCAAGGCAUCAUGGGCCAAAAGACAGGAAACACGACUCAGGUCAGUUCGGGCUGUCUUAGAUAACUUGGUAGGCUAUUUCAAACGGCUGGUCCAAUUACAGAGAAACUUCUCUCAGCCAUUUUCAAGUAGCAGCAAUCAACCUGGUGGGAGGUACGGGAUGGAUUGUGCCGAAAAGAAGGUGUGUGUUUUGAGGUUCAGCGACAUUUUGAUGAGGUGUGAGGGUGCCAUGCUAUCUACGCACUUGUACAUCAGGAUAGAAAUUUUUAACAAGAUGCGUUUCUUUACAGUAAGAGGAAAAUCAAACCAAAACUGUCCCGGAAAGACAAAAUGGGAGCUGAGUUUAUUAACGAGCAGAUUGUGGUUGCACAAUUGA